CUCUUCUCUUCUCUUCUCUUCUCUUCUCUUCUCUUCUCUUCUCUUCUCUUCUCUUCUCUUCUCUUCUCUUCUCUUCUCUUCUCUUUCUUCCACAGUGCAGCAGUGGAGUUUGAUCCUUUUACUUCUUCGUUGUCUCUCUCCCUUUUGUGUUUGGGGGGAUUCCAGCGUGUGACCUCCCAAACAGUGGGGGAGUGCUGACAGGAUUCUCUUGCAGUCGGCGCGUGUGCGUGAGCGAGAGCGAGCGAGCAUACGGGAAAGGAGAGCAGGCCAAGAGGACGCACUACAGCAGGCAGCUGCAGAAGGCUUUUGGGAAACAUUCAGUCAUGGCUACUAGACGGCAGAAAAACCUUUGCUGAACUGGACUGAAGUACCCAGGAACUAAGGACUAAAUCAAAUUGGAAUGGGACAUACCUCACUCUUGGUGGAACUGAGGACCCGUGUAGCAUGAAUUGUGUUCCACGCUGAAUCUAAAUAUUUGUUCAGAAGACUGUGAAAGACAUGGAGCUGUUUCUCGUUCAGUAUGUCCUGUUGAUGAUGGUGGCCUUGUUGAACUAUUCUUGUGCCAGUCUGGUGCGUCUGAAUCUAGGCCUGGUUGUCACACGGGGGCAAUCUGUGUUUGUGACAGAGAAAGAAUUACAGCUGGGUGUCACUGGGGAAGUUGACACCUGCAAAGUGGAGGUGGUUCUCAACGAACCCGUCACUCAGAGAGUGGGCAAGCUCACCCCACAGGUAUUUGAUUGUCAGUUCCUACCCAACGAAGUGGCAUACACACACAAUGGCAGCCCAUUAUUGGAAGAAGACACUGUCAUGCUACGGCUCUACAGAUUCACAGAUACCGAUACACAUAUUGAAACCCUCUUAGUGGGCGUGAGGAUUGUAGAGGCCAGCAGCAAACUGGUGCAGUUUGGGAAUGCCCCCCUCGUGGUUCCGGAAUUCUACGGCCUCUCCAAUGCUCUGGACAGCAGGGUGUUGACCUUCGCCGCUCCACCAGAGGCUGUUUGCACAGUGCGACUCCUGACCUCGGAGACCCACGCUCCAAUGCUCGGCCAGCUAGUCACGGAAGAUCCAGCUCAGGCAGAUGAAGCCAAGCAGCAAACUGCACCAAGAAAAGGUAGACAAGCCAGCCUCUCCUGUCCUGGAAACAGACCCUGUCUCCAUAGCAACAAGGAGGUGCGCUUCCUGAAGGUGACCUGCAGUGAGUUCCUGACCUCAGGUCUGAAGUACCAGCAUAUCAGUCCGCCCUCACCAGAGAUCGACUACAUCCCCAUCAGGGUGGAGAUCAGAGACAAAAGUUCUCGCACAUUGCUAAAGGCAGAAAGCGUGUGGCUGCCAGUCUUGAUCCACGGUGCGACAGCGAACCACCCUCCGCACGCGGCCUUCAUGUCCAUGUUCAUCCUGGAGGUGGACAACUUCAUCUUGACUCCCAUGACCACCGCUGCUCUGGACGCCAAGGACCACGAGACGCCUCAGAGCCGGCUGGUCUUCAACGUGACCAAGCCUCCCCCCGAGGGCUACAUAACCCACCUGGACGACCACACCAAGCCCGUCAGCUCCUUCUCAUGGCAGGACUUACACGAGAUGAAGAUUGCUUAUCAGCCCCCCAACAGCAGUGUGGCCAGCCGCCGGAACUAUGAGGUUGAAUUUGAGGCCAUUGAUGAUUCAUUUGCCACCAGUCCACCAAUAAUGGUUCAUUUCUCAAUCCGUACGGCAGAAACAAAUGCUCCCCGAGUGUCCUGGAACAUGGGGUUGGAUCUGCUGGAGGGUCAGUCUCGGCCCAUCACCUGGGAGAACCUGCAGAUUGUAGAUAAUGACAAUCUGAAGGCCGUCACCUUGGUGGCUGUGGAUGGGCCUCAUCAUGGGAAGCUCAGUGUCCGAGGUGGAAAAGGCUUCAUGUUUAAGGUUCAGGAUCUUCGCGAGGGCGUGGUGGUGUACCAACACUCGGACAGCGACACCACCCGAGACUACAUCAUCUUCCGGAUCACGGACGGCCGCCACAGCACCCGGCACAAGUUCCCCAUCAACAUCCUGCCAAAGGACGACGCGCCUCCCUUCCUCAUCAACAACGUGGCCCUGGAGGUGCAGGAAGGGGGGCUGGUGCGCCUGGAGGAGUACAUGCUCUUGGCCUCCGAUCUGGACUCCAGCGACGACUACAUCCUGUACCAGCUGGUCACACAGCCUCGUGCUGGCGAGAUGGUGAAAAAGACCUCCGUUUACGACGCAGGAACCCCGGUGACCAGCUUCCUGCAGAGGGACCUGUUCCAAGGGCUGAUCCACUAUCGGCAUUUAGGAGAGGAGGUGUUCGAGGACUCCUUUGAUUUCAUCCUCUCCGACAGCCAUCAGCCUCCCAAUCUCUCAGACCGACAGAUGGUGGUGAUCCAUGUGUUCCCUGUUAAGGAUCAGCUGCCGGUGGAAGUUUCUGGAACAGUGCGCUCCAUCACUGUACUGGAGACAGAGGUGGUUUACCUCACGCAAAGCCACCUGCACUUCAGAGACCCAGAGAAUAGCGACGCAGACAUUUCCUACACUAUUACGCAACACUGCUUCAGUCCCCACAAGCCUGGAAUGCCAGAUGCUGGGAGACUAUUCUUCACAGAUAGUUCUCACGCCAUGAAAAAAGACUACAUGGUACCAGUGCUAAAGACAUUCACACAGAAUGCUGUCAAUCACCAUAAAGUGGGAUACAUGCCUCCCAUCGAGGACAUCGGGCUGGAGAAUCUCUAUGUGCAGUUUGUUUUCUCGGUCAGUGACCAGCACGGAGGCACCCUGAGUGACCUCGUCUUCAACAUCACUGUUACUCCUGUGGACAACCAGAAACCAGAGAUGUUCACUAACUUGCUGCGUGUGGAGGAGGGUGGGGCCGUGUUCCUGACGGAGGAACACCUGUUGAUCCGGGAUGUGGACACGCUCCCAGAAGGGCUGCGCGUGAGGCUGGAUGCUGCGCCACAUCACGGGAGACUGGAGCUCCAGGGGACGCCACUGGCGGAGGGACACAGCUUCUCCCUGGCAGACAUUCGCGCUCUGAGAGUCAGGUACCUCCAUGAUGAUUCUGAAACGGUCAAGGACAGUGCAGUCCUCACUGUCACUGAUGCUUCCAGCUCCACUCAAGCUGAUCUCUUAAUACAGAUCCUGCCUGUGAAUGAUGAGCCCCCCCAGCUGGGUCCAGGGCUGCGUGCCGGCUUGUCCUGUGCAGAGGCGGGUCACGUUCAGAUUACUGCAGAGUACCUGUAUGCCACAGAUGCAGACAGUGAUGACGCUCGCCUCACCUACAUGCUGGCUCGGGCCCCCGCCCACGGAGAGCUCCACAGAGGGGGCAGUCCUGUGGAUAAGUUCUCCCAACAAGACCUCCUGCAAGGGAUUGUCUACUACGUACACACAGGUGGUGAGAUCGGCCCCCAGUCCAUCUCAGAUUCUGUGACACUUAUUGUGUCAGAUGGAGAAGCGGGAGGACAGGACCCUUGCUGCCAGGGUGACGUCAUGCCCCCACCUGUGCCUUUGCACGGCAACCUGCCCGUUUAUGACCUCAACAUCACUGUGACCCCGGUGAAUGACAAACCACCAUCCGUGGCCAUCGGAGAUGUGUUUGUGGUGGAUGAGGGUUCUUCUGCCUGUCUGUGUGCUGGUGUGCUGGGAGCUGUGGACCCUGACACAAGCCCUGAGGAGCUCAUCUUCCACCUGGAAACACCUCCUCGUUACGGCUUCCUGGAGAACACACUGCCAUCACCAGGGUUUGAGAAGAGCAACGCCGGCAUUAAAGUUGUGUCUUUCAGUCUUCUUCACGUUAUGUCUGGCUUCAUCAACUAUGUCCAGUCUGGGCAUGAUGGUGUGGAGACCACGGCUGAUCAUUUUGUGGUGAGCGUCAGUGACGGGGUGCACAAGUCUGCUGCCGUCCCCUUCUACAUCAUCAUCAACCCCACCAACGAUGAGCCACCAUCUCUGCUUCUCAACAAUUUCACUGUGACAGAGGGAGGCAUGAAAGAGCUGAGUGCGGCCAUUUUGGACGCGGUGGAUCUGGAUGCCCCUUCCGACACGUUGACCCUGACGGUGCUGAGUCCUCCGGCCCAUGGCACCCUCAUCAAUGCUGUGUACGGCCUGCAGAUGAGCCGCUAUAAAGACAUGGGACAGGAGCUCCUACGCCGCAGCCUGCCCGCCCACAACUUCACCCUCCGAGAACUGCGAGAAGGAAUGAAGAUCGUGUACAUGCAUGAUGACACGGAAACCCUUCAGGAUGCAUUCGCCGUACAGCUGACAGAUGGCAAGCACACAGUCCAGAGGACGGCACAGGUCCACAUCCUACCAGUCAACGACGAGAAGCCGCGGCUGCUAAAAAAUGCAGGUCUAGUGAUGGCAGCAAAAGGCCAUAGAGUCAUCUCCAGUGUGGCGCUGGAGGCAGUGGACCAGGACACCCCCAGCCAUGCUCUUUACUAUGUGCUCAACGCUGCACCCAAGUUUGGCCGCUUGCAACUCAAGAUGAAUUAUACCGUGCGGGAGAGAUGGACUGAUCUGGCGCCGGGGCAGAAUUUCAGCCAGGAGGACGUGGAACUGAACCGCCUGUGGUACACCCACACCACCCUCGCUGGGUUCAAAGGUCAUGACCGCUUUGUGUUCUACCUGAGUGACUCGGACAACUCCUCACCGCCCGAGAGCUUCUUCAUCUCAAUACACACUCCUCAGAAAGGUGACAUUGUGCUGGUCACUAAGCCAGUGGGAUUGAUGGAAGGCGAGAGGGUCACCCUCACCACAGACCACCUCUCGGCCUCAGACAGCGGCAGCACGUCCGAAGAGCUGGUCUACGCCGUGUCCGUCCCACCCAGGCACGGCCACCUCCACGCUGUGCACCAGCCAGGGGUGCUCCUCACCUCCUUCACACAGAUGGACGUGGCGGCGCACCGCGUCUGCUACACCCACGACAACAGCCAUACCGAGGAGCGGGACCACUUCAGCUUUGUUAUCACCAACGGUGUGUCCUCAAAGACUGGCAGCUUGUCGUUCUCAAUUGACCACAGCGAUCGCAUCCCCCCGACUCUGACCACCAACACAGGCCUACACAUCACAGAGGGAAGCUCCGUGCCUAUCUCCUCUGAGAUCCUGCUCUUAACCGACCCUGACACUGCCCUGGAGAACCUGACCUACACAGUCACUCUUUUCCCCCAGUACGGCAAACUCCUCCUGGGAGGCAUCCCGCUGAGCCCCUCCCAAAGACGCUUCACACAGGUCCACAUCAACAGCAUGGAGCUGGUGUACAAGCACCUAGAUGGACCAGCGCACAUUGACCAGUUCAGCUUCCUCCCCUCCGACGGGACCAAUAAGGGCUACCUGGAGUACGGUCAGCGGAAGGAAACACCUGUGCUCUUCACUAUCCAGGUGGAGCAUCUUGAUAAGAGCCCUCCAAGCGUGGUGUAUAAGGGGACACCCAGCACCGUGGACACCCUGCAGGACGGCCAGCUUGUCAUCUACAUCACCUCAAAGCAUCUUCAGGUGUCCGACCCCGACAGCCCUCUCCAGGAGCUGGAGUUCACCAUCUCCCGCCCACCACAUUUUGGAAACUUACAGAACGCUCACACAGGAGGGUACAUCAAGAGCCGCUUCACACAGACAGACCUGGAGCAGAAGGCAAUUCAAUACGUCAUUCCAGCUGACAUGGAUGUGACUGCUGACAGUUUUGAGUUCCGUGUUACAGACCCAGCUGGAAACACUAUGCUGCCUGAAGUUUUGGAGAUAAGAUGGUCCCUGGUGGAGUUCUCGGCCACCUGCUAUCGUGUGUGUGAAAAUGGAGGAACAUUGGCCAUACAGGUGACCCGUAAAGGCAACAGCAUAGAUCCCGCCUACGUCACUAUACAGGUUGAGGAGGACACUGCCAAAGUGGGCAAGGACUUUACACACAGCACUGCCACACUCAUACAGUUUGAUCCAGGUGUUAAUCUGAAAACGUGGAACAUUUACCUCAAAGAUGAUGGGCUGGAGGAGAACCAUGAGAAGUUUGAUGUGGUUUUAAAGGCACAAAAGAACACUAUACUUGGUGCAAUUAACAGAGCCAGUGUAGAAAUCAUUGACCCAAGAGAAGGCCGGUGUGACCCAGCUGAUCUCAUUGACGAGACUAAAGAUCUACUGCCCCCUAGUGUUCACCAACCUCAGGCCGCGCCAAAGAGGGAACCAAGCCUGCAUCCACAUGCUGAGAGGGAAGAGCGACCUCCCAGGGGUGAUGUUCCAAUGUAUUACCAGGAUCAGGCAGCGGUGGCCGUGCAGGAGCAAGCUUAUCAUGGACAAGGCAGGAGGCUACUGGUGGGCCAAAACAGCUAUGGAGUUCCUCAUUCGAAUGGUCAGCAGAAGGCAGGAGACAAAGUCUGGAGACUUCAUGGAGUGACACCCUUGAGACUGGUGGAAGAGCGAGUGCUGCGUCAUGACCAAGCUCCACCACCUCCUCACCCCGAGCUGGAGAUCACACCAAUAUGGUCCUGGACGGGCCAGGUGCUUGGCGGUGGGAACGCCCCCCUGGAGCUCACCCUGGGAGACUCUCCUCCUCCUCCUCCUCCUCCACACGGUCCGGAUAGGAGGAAACGCCAACGCCAGCGAAAAUCAAGCAAGGCAGAGAGUGUGGAGUGCCCCUCUGGCUGGACACACUACAGGAAGCGUUGUUACAUCCUUGGGCCAGGGGUAGCCAGCUGGAGCAGUGCCCAGCACGCUUGCUCUUUGCUGCAUGACAGCCAGUUGGCUGGGAUUCACUCCAUGACGGACAUGAAGUGGCUAUGGAGAUUUGCCAAAAAACAACCAUUUUGGACAGGCCUGACUGGAGCGGAGGGCCAAUGGAGCUGGUCAGAUGGCAGACCUGUGUUGUUCUCCAGACUUCAGAUGAGCAGGGAUCAUAACCCUGAGCCGGGCUGCGUGCUCGCGGAGUCACAGAGGAAAUGGACUGCAAAAAAUUGCACAACAGGAGACGAGUACAAAUUCAUCUGUUCAGCCGCAGCUCGAAACAUCUGAAGAAACAUUUUGCAUUACAGAGUAGGGUGUUGUUCAAAUUGCAAACGUUUGAUAAAAAUGUAUAUAUCUUAUAUGUUGAAUAAGUUGAUUUCCUCUUCUGAUCUGUUACCACUGUGCCACUGUAACAUUCUGCUAUAAAAAAUGUUUAUAUCUGUUAAACUAUUCUUGAGUGAGGCACAAUAAACACAUAUUUUUA